CGGCCAAUGGGCGCGGGCGAUGGUGGGAGGUGGGCGCCGGGGCGGGCGGGCCGCCUCAGGGCUCCUCGCAGUGCGGGAAUUUCGGACGGGGCGCAAGGAGCGGCGCGCCGGGCCUCGGGGACUGAGGAGCCUCAAGUGAAAAUGCCAUAUAUGAAGAAGACUUCUGGAAAAAGAGCUCCUGCAAAGAGGAAACUUGCUGAAGAGUUUGCUGUAGGAGAGGUUCUAGCAGAUAUAACCAAAAAAGAAUGGAAAUUAGGUGUCCCUAUAGGGCAAGGAGGCUUUGGACGCCUGUAUCUUGCUGAUGUUAAUUCUUCAAAGUCGGUUGGCAGUGAUGCACCUUAUGUUGUAAAAGUGGUUCGUGGCUUAAUACUGGUCGGAACAAAUCCUGUGGUCUGCUCCACAAAGAGGAGCUGCAAAACUGUUGUCUUGGCUCCACUGUUUUUUGGGGAACCCAGCCAGAAUGGACCUCUUUUUACUGAGUUAAAGUUCUACAUGCGAGCUGCUAAGCCAGAUGAAAUUCAGAAGUGGACUAAGUCCUAUAAACUGAAAUAUUUAGGUGUCCCAAGAUACUGGGGUUCUGGCUUGCAUGAAAAAAGUGGAAACAGCUAUCGGUUUAUGAUAAUGGACAGGUUUGGGAGAGAUCUUCAGAAGAUAUAUGAAGAGAAUGCAAAGCGAUUUGCCCACAAAACUGUACUACAGUUAGGCCUGAGAAUACUUGAUAUUCUGGAAUAUAUCCAUGAACACGAAUAUGUGCAUGGAGACAUCAAGGCCUCAAAUCUUCUUCUGAGUUACAAGAAUCCUAAUCAGGUAUACUUGGUGGAUUAUGGGCUUGCCUACCGAUACUGUCCUGAAGGAGUUCACAAAGCAUAUAAAGAAGAUCCUAAAAGGUGUCAUGAUGGAACUAUUGAAUAUACCAGUAUUGAUGCACACAAGGGUGUGGCUCCAUCAAGACGUGGUGAUCUGGAGAUCUUAGGUUACUGUAUGAUUCAUUGGCUUAGUGGCCAUCUGCCAUGGGAGGAUAAUUUGAAAGAUCCAAACUUUGUCAAAGACUCAAAAAUCAGAUGUAGAGAUAAUAUUUCAGAUUUGAUGGACAAAUGUUUUCCAGGGAAAAAUAAACCAGAUGAAAUAGCCAAAUAUAUGGAAAAGGUGAAGCUACUGAGCUAUGAAGAGAAACCUGUAUAUCAGCAUUUCCGAGAAAUACUUCUGCAAGGCCUCAGGGCCAUUGGGCAAAGAGAUGAUGGAGUACUUGACUUUGGCUUGUCAGAGAAUGGAGACUUGCAAACAAAGCCCUUGCAAAAGAAGAAAAGGAAGACAGCAGCUGCAGCUGAUGAGAGCACUGAAGCAGAAAUGGAAGAUGUAGGAAGUCCACAGAAAAAGAAACCUACUUCUUCUAAAGCAGUGGCUACCAAAACACGGAAGAUGACCUCACCAAAAACCAAGAAAGGCACAGCAACCAGAAAGAAAGUCCAGAAGUAGAUGAAACAAAAUAAGUUGCUCUUCUAUUCACCUCUCUUUUUCUCAGUUACUGUAGCACUGGAUUCUUUUUUUUCCCCACUUUUAAAUGAUAAAUCCUGUAAAAAUAUUAGACUGCUGUUUGUACCUGUUUUUUGAAAAAUAAAUGUUUUAUUAAAAUAUUUGCAUAAUUUAUGUAUACUUUGACGCAAAUGCAAAAUUUUGCAAACUUUGAAGUGAAGAUGCAUUUUUAUUUUUUAUUUACACAAAUUCAUGUCUUAAGGGCAAGCUUGAAAAAAGUGCUUUUGGCUGCUUUAAAAUGUAGAAAUAAAGCCUUAUUAUUUAGUUAUUGCUGCUUUUUAAGGAGCCAGCAGUGUUGUAUCUGAUUUGGUUUAAUUUUGAGUAUAGUCUUAUUGGAGGUUACUUAGAUGAAUGCUUAGACCAUUGCACGGUCAGAGGUCUGAAAUAAUAGAGACAUCUCUUAAGUACUGCUCAAGUGUUUGAAUUAAAACAAGAAAACUCAACAGCAAAAUCAAGUUUCACAUCCGCUCUAGUUUUUUACAGAAUGGAAGUGUUUAAACAGUUUACAGCAACAUCAUGUGCUCUUUGUAGGAGAGGUGAAUUUAGAUAAGUUUUUUUGCAUAGUAUUCUGUUUGUUUUACUUUUCCAAUUAUUUAUAGUUUCUUGAGAGAGAGACCAGAAUUUCUAAUACAGGGCCCAGGGGGGAAGUCCCUCCCCAGCCUUGCCUCAGGUUUUCUUUUUAUAUUAGUGAAAAUGCUAGAAAAGUUAUGAAGAAUGGUAUCAUAAGGUAUCUAUUUCUAGUGAAAGCUUGACUCAGUUGUGCUUCUCAUAGCAAAUUAAAUGAUUUCAGGAUUUUUUUUAAUAGUUGAGAAAUGAGUAUGCUUCCAAAAUCUUUUUAAAAGCACUUUUUGCUGGCUUUUAAGUCUUCUCUUCAGAGUUUUAAGUCAAAAUAUGCAAUGUUUAAUUUUAAUGUGAAAUACCCACUACUUUGCAUUUUGAUUCUGCAAAUAUGCAUGGAAUUUGGGCAUGACCAUCAUUCUUAUCAGGGAGACUGCUUUAUGAAGUUUGACAAAUCGGAAGAAAUCCAUAUGAGCCUUAGAAAGUGUAUUUCUGUGGAUCUCCUGUGUUUUGCUUGCUUGGUUGUGUAAUGUCUGAGUAGCCACACACUGAUACAAAUAUGUUUUUGCGUAAAAUGCUGAAUGAAUGCUGGGGUUAGGUUUUGAAAAGAAGAAAAUUAGGGUUUUUUGAAAUAAAAACUGGAGAAACAUA